AAGUUUUGAAAAAGCUUCACCACACAAAGAAUGAUCCGUUCCAUCAAUUCGGAUCGGAACCACGGUUCCUCGUGCAGUCGCCCAUCGCUAGUGUUUUUGUGCUAUCCAUAUUUUCGCGAUUGUGCUUUCGCAAAGAAAAUAGGCUGCUGCCGCUGCUGGACAGAUUUUGCACCUAUCAAAUUUGCAACCAAUAUUGUGCAGGGAAAUAGUGCGCCAAGGACGACACUGUCCCGGUGAGUAAGUUAAAAGCAGAAGCACAGUUGUAGGCACACCUUGCCUGCGAGCUGAGUGUUGGAGGGCAGCAGUUUCGGUACCGUCGUCAAGGUUCAGGUGAUGUCGUGGUGCUGCUGCUUCCCGUAAGCCUGACGUCGUACUUUUUUUACGCAGACACACCGAUCGUACUGCGAAAAAGGCAAGCAAUAAAGUGUGUGUGUGUGUGUUGUGUGCGGUGGUGCCGUAAAAACGAAACAAAUUACUACCGUAAGCUCAGAACAAACACUCCCCCCCUUACUACCCUUUUGGUCGCACUGACCCGGUCCCAGCUGCGGGGUGGAAAAUAUGUUCCUUCAAGACGUGUGAGCAAGCAAAAGAAGAAGCAUCGUACAAAGACGUAUUCGUUCAUUCCAAUUGGAAUUUCGUUCGUGAAGAAACGUCUUGCCCAGGGGGAACGAAAACAUUCAGCACACAUCCUGCGAAACUUGUGCACCACAACCGGUGGAACGGAGGUUGCGGAGGAAGAAAACACCCAGACUGGGUGGUGGUAUGAUUGCUUCACCCUUCCCGAAAAUGCUAACUGUCAAAUUCGGCUGAAGGCAAGCGAGCUGCAGCACAGCACGGAAUGGUCUACUGCGUUCGAGGUGCUCUUGCCAUUGCACAUCGUCAGCAAAUAGUGUGUAUUCGUGCGUGUGUGCGUGUGUGCGUUGAGAAGGAUCUAAUUCUCAAAGAAAACGGCAAUAGCCACAGCUACAAGUGUCGAAGUGUAGCAAAAGUGUAAAAAAAUCAACCAUAAAUCGAUCUAAUUCAAUACAGAGCGUGUUAGUGUAACGCAGUGGUGUAAUUAUUCGUUGUUUGUGUAAUUGGGCGGUCAAACCCCUCCUCCAUUCCGUGUGUGUGUCAUCAAGCAAAACGGUUCAAGAAAUCAGAUCCGAAACCAUACGAUCCGCGGGCAAGCGUCGAAGCUGCGGCUACUUUGAUCUCGUAUUAGUUGGUAGCAAUACAGUGGUUUAAAAGAAACAAAGCAUAAUCCGUGCCCUAGUCGUCCACGCCAUCGGGGGAAAACCAUGUUGCCCUUCACACCGCCGAUUGUGAAGCGGUUGCUCGGCUGGCGGAAGGUUUCGCCGGAUGAUUCCGCCGAAGGAAAAUGGGGCGAAAAGGUGAUCAAAAGUUUGGCCAAAAAGAUGAAAAAGUCCAGCGCCCUGGAAGAGCUAGAGCGGGCCCUUACAGCACAGAGCAGCCACACGAAAUGCAUACCGAUAUCAAGAAAUGCUUCGGCGAUCGGAGAAAAUGGAGUUGCGCUAAAGAAAGGUCUUCCACACGUCAUAUGCUGUCGAUUGUGGCGCUGGCCUGAUUUGAAUAGCCAUACCGAAUUGAAACCGCUCGACGUAUGCGAAUACGCAUAUCAUCUUAAAAAGGACGAGGUGUGCAUUAAUCCAUAUCACUACGCACGCAACGAAAGCCAUUCACAGCACUCGCAGCAACAACAGUCACCGCAGCAGCAACAGUCAUCACAGCAGCUGCAGCAACCGCUGACCAUCUUGGUUCCGAAGAACCUAUCAAACUCUCAGGGAGAAAACUCCGUUACCUACACCUUGGACGAUCUUAGUAAUACCGUACCAGUCAACACACAGUACAAUGCAUUAAAUGAUAACUAUGUAACCAGCCCUCAACCAUCGCAAGUAACGUCACGCCAGCUACAACAGCAGCAACUACAGCCCAAUCAACUGCAUCAGCAACUUCAACAGCAGCAGCAGCAGCAGCAACUUUCUUCCCCGUGCUACAUGGAGGCAACACUGGGCCAACAGAUACCGACCAACACGACGAUUAUGGACUCGGUCAGCGUCGGUGUGCCGAACAUACCGAAUACCGAGACGCCACCACCCGGCUACAUGUCAGAGGAUGGUGAUCCACUCGACCAGAAUGACAAUAUGACCGAUUUGUCGCGCAUGUCGCCAUCGGAGAUGGAUACACAGCCGGUGAUGUACCAUGAGCCGACAUUCUGGUGCUCGAUCAGCUAUUACGAACUGAACCUGCGCGUCGGUGAAACGUUUCAUGCCUCCCAACCUUCGAUCACAGUCGACGGCUUUACGGAUCCUUCCAAUUCGGAAAGAUUCUGUCUUGGCCUGCUGUCGAAUGUGAACCGGAAUGAGGUGGUGGAACAGACUCGACGUCACAUCGGCAAGGGUGUCCGGCUGUACUACAUUGGCGGUGAGGUAUUUGCCGAAUGUUUGAGCGACUCGAGCAUCUUCGUGCAGAGCCCGAACUGUAAUCAGCGGUACGGGUGGCAUCCUGCAACGGUGUGUAAAAUACCACCGGGAUGCAAUUUAAAAAUCUUUAACAAUCAGGAAUUUGCUACCCUACUGUCCCAGUCCGUAUCGAUGGGCUUUGAAGCCGUUUAUCAGCUGACCCGGAUGUGCACAAUCCGGAUGUCCUUCGUGAAGGGUUGGGGAGCAGAAUAUCGCCGACAAACCGUUACCUCUACGCCCUGCUGGAUAGAGCUGCAUUUAAACGGUCCCCUGCAGUGGCUGGACCGAGUACUCACCCAGAUGGGCUCACCACGUUUGCCAUGUAGUUCUAUGUCCUAAACACUGCUACCUUGUGUCCUAUAACUAAAGCGCCGUGGAUCUCGCUCCAGAGCACUCGAACGCAGUGUGCGCGGAGUGUAAGGACUACUACCCCGUUUGUCUACCUCCGCCGGAUAAUGUUUUUCGCUCCUGGUCCUAAUGUUCUCUGUCAGAAGCAGGAUGUUAUAGAUUAAGUUUUCCUAACGGAAAUUUCAUUCAACCCUCUACCAUUGCAACCAGUACCCGCCUACAGACAUUGUGUACAUAUUGCUUUUGAUUACGUUCAGGUUCAGUGCUGUAUUUUUGUGGAGGGAGGAUAUUCUUGGAAGCCUUUUCUUUUAUUUUAAAAUCGACAAGUGCUUUUCGUAUGGUGCAUUGACCAUUCAGAACGGUUUAACUCAGUUGAUGAAGUUUAUCUUUUUGUUUUUUAUUGUUCUAUGUUCAUAAAGAGUGUUUGCUUAAGUUUCAUGAUACUAAUGAUCAAAGCGCGUAUGCGAAUGCUCCAACCGAAAGUAAAAUGAAGCGGAGUAAGCGAUAUAAAACCAUCUUAUUGUUUUAAGUCAACAAUUUGUUCCUUAUCGUGUGAAAAAGAUUGUGUAGCGUAAUGUUUUGGCUGGUACACUAUCGUAGUUUGCUAGUGAUGGGAAGGUGUAUUGCAUUAACCAACAUAUUACGCUAUGCUAGGGAUGUUCUAGAUUGUUUAGUUAAGUUUUUGCUUAGUUUGGUUUGUUUAAUUACCCGUAUUCUUUUAGCUCUGCAUACUAAUACUGCGUGUGACAGUGUGGUUUGAUAUUGAGUGGCAGUGAUUUUUAGGAACGUUUGGAUUAAGAGAAUGUACCAAGUAUGUGGUAGUGUCAGAGUGAGGUGAAACGAUGAGGAAAAAUCAAUCAAUCAUCAGCUGGAAUGGUACGGACGCAACAUUACGAACUGAACGAACGAUGUAAAAAAGGGAUGGAAAGGAUACUAUUCGAUGUGUGCUCGAGAGAGCUUGCGUCAUAGACGAAGGGUGACUUGAAGCGGAUUGCAAGAUCAUAGACACUUUGUAUACGUGUGUUAGUUUGUAUGUAUCGUUGAAAGGGAACCGGCAAUGGGAUCUGUUUUUGGAGCAGCAAUGGUGGAUGCUAGACGCUUCCCAUGGCGAGGUGAGUCAUGAAUGUAAUUGUGCCGGGCAUGCAGGAGUAUGUAGCAACAAGCAAUGUACAACAGAAGACAGAUUUAUUUUUGACACUUUAAUGCACAAAAAGAAGAGACAUACAAUUUCGGAAACAACAAGUUUAAACAAAACUCAAAAAAGUAAUAUCUACAGUAAGUAUCUCUGGAAGAGAAAAAAAAACAUGUAAGAAAGACUACAACUGUGUUGGAAAUUGGCACAAACGAGUGCAUAAUUCGUUUUAAAAUACAUUAACUGUACAGAAAGACGAUAACGUAGUUGUUGGUAAGGUUGGUCGAUAAAAUGUUUGAAAGAUGGGACGUUUUGUAGCGCAAACCGAGCUAGUUACAGUGAUUGUCCUAUACACGAAUUGGGCACGAUUUCGUUCGUUAGUUUUGUUUUAUUCUUUAGUUGGACUCAUAAUUCAGACAAUUUUUAACGCUUACCUUAUCGUUUAAAGGUUGGAAGAGUUGGUGAAGUUUGUUCAGAAGAAAAAUCAUACAAUUCUUUAGCAACAGUCGCGCUCAUCCUUGGGCAUAUUUGCCUUUGAUGAGUUCAAUUGCAAUGAGUGGCAAUUCUGAUUACAUCGACAUGAUGUCAGACAACAGAGUGUAGCGGCGCACUUGGUGAUUAAUUUUAAAAGGCUAGAGACUGGACCUGAAUGCAUAACGUCAAGCUCAAUGUAUGAACAGAGUAUGUGAUGAUGAUGUUAUUCGUAAACGAUUUGUCUUCAAACACCUUCCGAAGAGAUAAUUUUGCCUUUUUUUCGUUUCGGUUUCAUCUGUAUCAGGAUGGAAUCUGUCUGUAGAACGUUAAACACAAACAGGAGAGCAGAUACAACUUGUAAAUGAAACCAACCAAUCCAUUAUUAGUAGCGAUUUGUUAGGUUGAGCUUGUGGAAUCAAUAAAAUCUGAACCAAACUGAGAAUCAAA